AUGUCAAAAGCUAAAGAAAAUACGGAAAAUCUAACAGAGAAAACAGAAAGCGAAUGUUCUUUCAAAUUCUAUGACUUUGUGACAGAAGUUGGUAACAUGACACUUGCUUGUCAUACAAUUAAAAUGGAUAAUAGUCUUUACUUGUGGGUGGGUGAUUCACGUGAAAAAGCAAUGAAUGAUUUAUCAUUUGCUAUUGAAUCACAGUUAGCAAAAGAACCAUUUACAACAAAAAUUAUUGGACCAAUUGCUACUGAAGUUUCAAGUAAUCUUGCUAAGAGACUCUCAAAGAAAUUUUCUAAACCUGUUUAUGUCAGUUUUAAUGUUCCAAUUGAUAAUAUGUCUCUACCUGCAAUUGAGAAAAGACUGAAAGAAGAAUUUGAUGCACACCCUGAUAUUUUAUAA